AUGACGCUCUACUUCUACGUUUUUUUCAUUCUCACCGCCAUCUCUCGUUCUGUUGAUGCGCAGGUGACAAUCGCCAAAAACGUUCAAGGUAAUUUUCAAUUUGAUGCCAUAUUAACCAAAACUGUUUCUAACAAAUACAAAAAAAUGGAAAUAAGUGUAUGAAACAAACUUUGAGAAUUUAGUAGAUUUUGAAGUUGUUUUCAUAGCAGAAAUAAAGGAAAUUAACCAUUUUGGUUUUCUUCAUCGUCUAGGUAAUCCAUGUAUAUAAUUUUUUAAAGUUUUGUCUUUUUGUUGCGGUUUUUUCUUCGAAAAGAGUUUUGAGCUGCGCGAAUUUCCCCAUCGAAUCUAAUGAUUUAGUAAGCUUCUCGUUCGUAAAUAGUAUAGUCUUUCGCAUCGGUUUCCCGCAUAAAAAACGUGGAAAAAAGAAAAAGUUGACGUGUUGUGCGAGGGUGUGUAUUUGUGGACUAUCGAGGGCGGUAAUUAUGCUGGCGCGACGGUAAUUAAAUCGCCGAGCGAGUAGGUGCCUGUAUAGUAUACUUGGACGGUAUUCUUUUGCCGAUUUGCGCUCACAGGGCAUGACAGCACGCAAACCCAUAACGUCUUCCCGUAGCGGAACUGGGUUCUUAUUCAAAAUUGGACUUCCUCUGAAAAACCGGAUAAGUUUCAAGAGUCUCAGAUUUUUAUGCGCUGAGCUAAUAAGAACAAUUGGAGGAACAUUCACUUUAUAUACAAAUGGACGAUUUUCUUGUUCACCUCAUUAUUUUCGUCAACACGAUCCGAUAAAAUGUGUUUAACUCGAAAUGAUGAUAAGAAAAGCUAGAAAAUAAUUGUUUCAAAAAAAAUUGCAAAUGUUCAGCAUUUUCUUUCUUUCAAAGAAAAAAUAAGUAGUUGAACAAAAAAUCAACUUCAACAUUUGUGUAAACAAAUAAAAUAAAUAAAACAUUUUUUUUUGUUUUUACUUUCUCAAGUAAAGACUUGCGUUCAAAAUCUUCAGUUGCAAAGAACUAAAACUCGUUCUCAGACAAAGUUGAUUCAUUCGAAAGCUCAGCUAGUUUGAAAAAAAUGAAUAGAAAACUCUUGAGUGAAAAAAAGUCUUUAAGCUUAGUUCAGAAUAACAGCAGAUUUUUUUAAAAUGGCUAUAUAAAAGUAGCCAUCUUUGACAUACGGUAGCGCAUAGAACCUUCCUCGAUAACAGCAAAUCGACUUCCGAAUAAAAAUUGAAUGAUGGAGAAACAACAUCGAUUUUUGGCAAUAUCAACAUUUUUUUAAGUUAUAGUUACUGAAAAUCGAAGAUUUUUGAGACUCGUCAGUUCCAAAUUUUCACAAACUUGAAAAAAAUUGACGAGUUUUUUUCUCUUUUCUAACUUUUUCAUUGGUGACUUUCAAAAAUUAUUUAUUAGUUGGGGAAACUUUCUUUUGAAAAAGAAGACUGGCUUCUUCCGGAUUAAAUGAGUCUAAGGUAAAGAAAACUCCUUGUCACAAUCUUUUUGUUAUUCGGUUGAACUCUAAGCUUAUAAUUUUGUCAAUAGAAAAUGGAGCCAAUUUUUUUAUUUGUCCGCAUUCAUUAACUUUAGAGACUUGAAAUUUAACAAAUGACUAUUUAUCUGAAGAAUGGAACAAACUAAAAAAAAUCCCCGCUUUUUUGCAUCUAUAGGCUAGUUUUUUUUUCUGAUUAAUUCAAUGCCAACAAAGUUGAUAAUCGACUUUUGCAAAACUAUUCGAAACUCUCAAAAGCUAGGCCUUUCACCAUUUUUGUAUAUUCAAGACUAAUUUAUGAUAAAUUCACAUUUGAACUUUUUCAGUAACACCAAGAUGCGGAUCUCAGUUAAUUUCCAUCGAAAUACGUUUUGACCCAGUGCAGUUACCAGGAGGCAAGUUCGAAGAUUGGAUAGUGGUUGGAGUCUCAGGUUUGAGCCGUUGCAACUAUCUCCAUGGGUCGUCAUUUUUCAGGCCGACCAGAAUGUCGGCUUCGAGGGAACGGAGAGACCAAAUACAUCAUCGAAAUCGCGGUCUUCAAUGAUCCGUGUCUGACGCAAAUUGUGAGUUAUCGACUAAAAAUCAAAAUUUUUCUUUGAAAAUUGUUCAAAAAUGUUUAACUUUUGAAUCACUCUAUAAGAGAAUAACCAUGAAAAAACUCCUAAAAGGAUAACUUCAGCCGGCGCGAAACGUGUUUCAAAACCGUAUUAGGAUUGGGAAAAACCCUGUUGUGAUUCUGGAAGGAGACCAGUCUAUAAUGGUAAAAUGUGUCUACGGUCUUCCAACAAUUGAAACACUCGCGAUGCCUGUAAUCAACCCUAAUUUCAACAUUGACAAGUUAGUUGGAUCUUUUUUUCAUCAUCGAAGUUCGAGAAUUUCAGUUUUGUGACUCAAAGCACGUCUGACAGGAAUGAGCAAAACAAAAGCCAGGGACAAGCAUCCGAAAACUUUCUUGCUGCAGAAAAUCAACCGAACUUCAACAACAAUAAUGUGAGAUUAUUCGUUAAUGCUUUUUGACAAGCAUGUUCAGAGACAAAUAGCCGGUUUCAUACCUCAAGAGACUGUUCUUACUCAUGGAACUGAGUUCUCACGAGGUUUUUCUUCUUUCAAUCCCUUUCAGUUGAAUAGUUUUCUAGGAAGAGCCGUUGAAGCUGGUAACAGUUUUGAACCGAUGACUAACAUUGAUAACACCAUUCAAACUCGAAUUCCUAAUAGUUUCACUGGUCAAGAUCUUGUGACAGAGGACGAUGCAACUCAACAGCCUCAACUUGGAAUAGACAGUAACUAAUCAAACUGUGCAAGUGACUUCAAUACUGAGUUUCAGGGUUCACAACAGUCAUUCCAAACCGCUCUUCUAGCUUUCCACUUCUGUUCAUUAUCUGCGUCAUUAUUCUGAUUCUCCUUGUUCUUUUAAUGUUGUUGUGUCUUUACUUUUUCUUGAAACGAAGAAGAGAAGAAAGGAACCGUCGUCUUCUCAUCGAUGGUGUUCCCGGUUCGACUUUGUUUCCCAUUCAUUCGGAUAGCUGUUAGUUACAGCUUCGAUGAGAAGUAAACGAUCGGGCAGAAUGUGGUGGACCGACGGAUCUACAGAUGGUUAUGCAACGCCGAGGUUUGUCUCUGACUACUUUUUUUAUCAUGCAAUUAUUCAUAGAACCCAUGGAGAAUCAGUCGACUCGCAGAGCUCAGUCAAAACAACUUCCAUUUUUGAAAGAAGAUCACAAAAGUAACUUUAAAAACUUCAAAUAACUUUUUUCAGAAUUUUGUGAACAAUCAGUCCCAUAAAGUUUUUUAUUUACAGAAAGAGCGUCAAAGAGGUGCCUGUUCCGACGACAGCUGUGAGGAAACAUCAAUCUGAAGUUUGAGUCCUCUAUCGACUGACUUCCUGCAUAAUUUUGUACAGAUCAUCACUCAUCACGCAAAGGCCGGACCCACAAACCGCUCGUUGUCUGGAAAUACAACGUCGGCUGAGAAGGGAAACAGUCCAAACACCAGUCUCGCUGUCGGGUUUCCUGCUCCGCAGCCGUUGAGGUUUAUAAUUUUUCAUUGAAUCAGCCAAAUUCGAAUUCAAGAUCAAAUUUGGAAGAGUUCGUGUCGAAAACCUACGCAAUGGGAGCUUUCAAUGAAUUAUCGAGUCCUGCAUACAGCUUUGUUCAUGCCGAACACUACAAUGAAGUUUCAGUUGACGUUUCUUCGGAUCGAAGACGACAAGUUUUCAUUCAACCUUUUUUAAAAUUGGAAUAAUUAUUUUCAGAAAAAGCCGGAAACUCGAUUAGAUGAUGAUGUUGCUGUCUCUUCUUAUCGAUCUAUCACAGAAAUUGUUCACGCUGCAGAAACAACGAAUAAUGUACCGCAAGGUGAUCCAAUGAUUUAUAUCCUUAUUUCUCAAAAUACUUCAGAAGCAACUGAACAACCCAAAAUGGCUGAAGUACUUGCCAAUUCUGUUCAGCCGAUCAGGGGUUUCGGCUAUCGAAAAUUGACAGAACAAGAGAUGGGUAAAUCAUGAGAAAAGGAAGUUUGAAAAAAAGAAAACUUCAGGGCGAUGGAGGAAUCUCAUUCUAAGAGAUGAGAAUCUUCUGCAACUUUUGAUUAACUCAAAAAGUGUAGCAGACAUUGAAGAAACAUUUGACCGAGAAGAAUACCGGCAUUUGUUUUCAGCAACCAAAUGGCGGGAAAUCGCCCAAUGUGUUCACAAAAUUUUGGUAAAAAAAAAGUUUUUCGAUUGAAUCAUUUGAUUCGCAGACACAACCCAUGGAUAGAUCUCAGUCGCAGCUUCAUUUAUACGUAGGCGAUGUCGGCAGCGACUGGUAA